AUGGCCAGUGAAAAUUUGCUCUUACAAAUACAAGAGGUCAAAUCUAAUUUAGCCAAGGCUAUGAUGAGAGGGGACCAAAACCUUAUUGAAAAGCACAGGAAACACCUCAAAGACCUCUGUAGUGACUGGGCGGCUCAAGCUGACUACAGUGGGGAAGAUUUAAGUGAUGAGGAUAUGUACGCUCCAUCUAGUUGUUCGGAAGCUUCCGAGGAGUCUUCAAGUACUGAUGGAUGGGGCAACGUCGAAGAAAAUAGAGAGAAUCAAAUACAUGGUGUAGUCGAGGAAAAAGUUAAAACACCAGCGAAAAGAAUUGCACGUAGAUGUCCAUUAAAAGGCUGCAAGUCGAAAGUCAUCCAUCUUCCGCGGCAUUUAAGAGAAGUCCAUAAAUGGAGAAGGGAAAGAGCAAAGAACGCGACCUCUAGUUUUGGGGUAAGAAAAAGUUUUUUUCCAAAGCCUGUGCAGCCAGAAGUGUCUGUACAGCAGAAGAAGAAGGAUUAUCACCGCCACAGACCCUGUCCUAUUGCAGGAUGCCAUUCUGUGGUCAAGCGCCUCCCUAACCACAUUCAGCAAGUCCACAAGGACAUAAAAAAGGGUUCUGUUCGCUACAAACAAGUUUUACGACAAGCGCGCUCCCUCAAGACUUGGACCCCUUUGAAUGCAGAUUUAGACAACCCAGAAGUGGAAUAUGCAGCCAUGCCGAACAACACAGAACAUAGGGAAAUGAUAGAUUUGGAUGUACAGUUGCAUGAAGAAAACGAAGUGGAGUUCGUAGAAGAUAAUGAUGGAGAGGACGAAGAAGAAAUUUUCAGAGCUUUUUGUCAGUGGUUACAAACAGCAGAUGGUGGAAGGAGGGAUAGAAAAAUGGCCAAGCAGCAUUCCUCGCAAGUUCGCAAGAUACUUGUCAUAAUUGACCCAGAGAAAAGGUUGUCCUCUCUCUUUAACAAAAAUUUGAUUCGGGACAAGUUUCUGGUAGAUUAUGCAGAGAAAAUGUACAAGCCAGAUACCGUGAAAGCUCACUUAUUAAGUCUUAGGAACUUUUGCUCCUUUGUAAAAACAGAGGAACCAUCAAGUGUAACGGUUGAUGUAGCCACGAUCGAAAAAAUUGAAGAAAAAGCGCGUCUAUGGUCAUCCUCCUACAAAAAGGAUAGUAACCGCAGACAUUUGGAAAAACAAAAUGAAGACCUUCAAAAGUUGGUUACACCAGAAAUGGUGUCGCAGUUCGAGAAUAGUGAAUCAGCAAGAACUGCAGUUGCUUAUAUUGGCCAACUGAGUGGAGCACAUUCAAUUCAAGUAAAUCAGUCUAUGUACACUCUUAUAAGAAAUUUCAUUCUAACUGAAAUGACAAUUGCAAAUGCUCAUAGGUCUGGCGUAUUAGCCAACAUGACCAUGGAUGAGUUCCUGAAAGCCAAGAAGACCAGUCAAGAAAGCGUGUUGAUAAAAGUAAAAGAUCACAAGACAGCAGACACACAUGGACCCGCCCGUGUUGUGUUGUCGCCAACUUUAUUCUCAUAUCUCAAAGUCUAUGUCAAUGAAGUGCGGAGUCUUGUGCAGAAGGACAGCGACACGUCAUCGUCUGUUUUCUUGUCAUGGAAUGGAGUAAAGUUACAAUCGGGACAGAUAUCAACCGCCAUAGAUGCUGCAUGGCAGAAGGCAGGGAUGGAGGGACAUGUUUGCUCCACAAUAUUUCGGAAAUCGACCGUGACAAAGGUGCAUGAGGAUCACAAAGACUUGAGAGAUGACCUGGCUGAUCUGAUGGGCCACAAAACAUCCACAGCAGAAAGGUUCUAUCGCCUUCGUGAAAAAGAAGAAGCGUGUAUCGAAGCAGCCAAUAACCUUACCUCCAUCAUGAGAGAAACCCAGGAACCUGUGUCACAACCUAAAACACCAGCAACAGCUACCAAGAGCUUGUCCCAAACGAGUUUCAAAAGGGAUCGUCUGUCAUGGAGGGAAGAGGAUGUAAACGCCAUGAAAGAUCUCUUUUCAGAGGAAAUUAAAGAGAAGUGUAUCACGAUAGAAGUUGUCAGGAAUAAAAUACGAGACCAUCCCACACUAAUGCAACUGAAUGACAAGAGAGUGCUCGACAGAAUUAGAAGUGAAUGGCGGAACAGUGAUCUCGCGGAUGAAGAAGCUGCAGGUACAUGUAGUAUGCCUACAACUAGGCUUCCUGUCCAGACAGAAACUCUUUCCGAUAAAAUGGGCCGCUUCUUUGAAGCUUGUGAUGAAUACAAUACAUGCAGCUCAUCAGACGUUGUUGGGCCGUCAAAUUCAAGCUACCUUAGCCGAUGUAUUUUCAGUGAUGAAGACAAAAAGUUCCUUUUGCGGGUGUGUGGUGGUAUGGUAAGGGGAGGUGUUAUUUCAAAGCCUGAAAUUAAGAAAUGUCUUGAAAGACAAGAAGAAGGGAAGGAGCUUCUCAACAAGUUUACCAUCAAUCAACUUGUUAACCGCCUCAAAUAUGAAAGGCGGCUUUGUUACUUAGUUAAGGAACAGAAGGAAUUGUUCAAGAGCCUUUUAAAAAACAGUGUUGUAAACACGGACGUAAUGUUACCUACAUUUAAAACAAAAAUAAAGGAUAUUACAGUGCACAGCAGAGCAGUUUUGAAUUGUGUCGCAGCGGCAAUGAUUUUACUUUGCAUUUUAAAUGUUUUUAGUGAAGAAUACAUGACAGAGAACAAAGGAGAAUUCGAGGAGGAAGAUCUAGACGACGAUGAUAAGGCAAUUUCCAGAAGUAAAAACGAUAUGGUAACUGAACACGAGGAGUUUGUAGAAGGAGCAUUCGACAAUGAUGAUGAUGGAGCUUGCAAGUGA